CCUUGCCGGCUCCGCGCUCACUCUCCCUUCCUCGCGGGGGCCCCCGCCCUUGGCCCUGCAGCCCGGGCUCCUCCUCCUCCGCGGAGACCCCGCCCCCAGUCCGGCCACACCCGCCACGCCCCGCGCACCCCGGCGCCCGCCCCGCUGUCCCCCGGCCCGUCCUCCAGCUGCCGCCGGCUCCGGGGCCCGCCCCCGAGGACGUGGAGCGCAGUAGCCGCCGCAAGUUUGUCAAAGAUGAAAGUGACCUUAUCAGCGUUGGAUACUUCUCAAAGUUGUUUCACGCCUUUGGUUGUCAUAGAACUUGCUCGGGAUGUCAAAGAAGAAACCAAAGAAUGGCUGAAGAACAGAAUUAUUGCUAAAAAGAAAGAUGGAGGUGCCCAACUAUUAUUUAGACCCUUGUUAAAUAAGUAUGAGAAAGAAACACUUGAACAUCAGAAUUUGUAUCUUGUUGGCGCCUCCAAGAUAAGAUUGCUACUGGGGGCAGAAGCACUGGGAUUAGUAAAAGAAUGCAAUGACAGUUCCAUGAGAGCCUUCACCUAUGAAACCCGACAUAACUUCAAAGGCUUCGAUGAUGACAACGAUGAUUUCCUCACAUUGGCAGAAUGUCAAUUCAUUAUCAAAUACGAACUUGAAAAUCUUAGAGCCAGAGAGGAAAAAAUGAUCCCUGGUUAUCCCCAGGCCAAGUUGUACCCAGGAAAAUCAUUAUUGAGAAGAUUGCUCACCUCUGGCAUCAUGAUUCAGGUGUUUCCACUUCAUGAUAACGAAGCCCUAAAGAAACUUGAAAACACGUGGUACACCCGGCUUCCGUUUCGAUAUCAGCCUAUAGAUAACAUCCGUGGCUACUUUGGGGAAACCAUUGCGAUUUACUUUGGAUUUCUGGAAUUUUUCACUUAUGCCUUAAUCCCAAUGGCAGUCAUUGGGUUGCCUUACUACUUGUUUGUGUGGGAAGACUACGACAAGUAUGUGAUCUUUGCCUCAUUCAACCUGAUCUGGUCCACGGUGAUCCUAGAAGUGUGGAAGCGUGGCUGUGCCACCAUGACCUACAGAUGGGGGACGCUGAUCAUGAAGAGACAGUUUGAGGAGCCCCGGCCUGGAUAUCAUGGGGUCCUGGGUAUCAACCCAAUCACAGGCAGGGAGGAGCCCCUCUACCCCAGCUACAAGAGGCAGCUGCGCAUUUACCUGGUCUCCCUGCCCUUUGUGUGUCUAUGUCUCUAUUUCUCUCUGCAUGUCAUGAUGAUUUACUUUGACUUGGAGGCGUGGGCUCUGGAUGUGCAUGAGAACAGCGGUUCCGAGUGGACCAGCUUCUUGUUGUACGUGCCCAGCAUCAUCUAUGCCAUCGUGAUCGAGAUCAUGAACAGGCUGUAUCGCCAUGCUGCUGAAUAUUUGACUUCAUGGGAGAAUCACCGUUUGGAAUCUGCCUACCAGAAUCAUCUCAUUCUGAAAGUUCUGGUGUUCAACUUUCUAAAUUGCUUUGCCUCGCUCUUCUACAUUGCCUUUGUCCUGAUGGACAUGAAGCUUUUACGUCAGAGUUUGGCCACUCUCCUGAUUACCUCCCAGAUCAUUAACCAAGUUAUGGAAUCUCUUCUUCCUUACUGGCUCCAAAAGAAGUACCAUGUGCAGGUGAAGAAGAAGGUCCAGGCCUUGAAGGCUGAUUUUGAUGCUACCUUGUAUGAGCAGGUUGUUGUAGAAAAAGAAAUGGAAACCUAUUUGGGUACUUUUGAUGACUACUUGGAGUUAUUUCUGCAAUUUGGUUAUGUGAGCCUCUUCUCCUGUGUUUACCCAUUAGCAGCAGCCUUUGCUGUGCUAAACAACUUCACUGAAGUUAAUUCAGAUGCCUUAAAAAUGUGCAGGGUGUUCAAACGUCCAUUCUCAGAACCUUCUUCCAACAUUGGUGUAUGGCAGUUGGCAUUUGAAUCAAUGAGUGUUAUAUCUGUGGUCACUAAUUGUGCUCUGAUUGGAAUGUCACCACAAGUGAAUGCCCUCCUUCCCGAGUCAAAAACGGAUCUCAUUUUGAUCGUAGUGGCAGUGGAGCACGCUCUCCUGGCUCUAAAGUUUAUCCUUGCCUUUGCCAUUCCUGACAAACCACGGCAUAUCCAGAUGAAACUGGCCAGAUUGGAAUUUGAGUCGUUGGAAGCACUGAAGCAGCAGCAAAUGAAGCUUGUGCCCGAGAACCUGAAGGAGGACCUGAAGGAGGACCUGAAGGAGGACCUGAAGGAGGACCUGAAGGAAGAUACAGAGGAGCAGAGCUGAGGACGGGCCGCAGGGCCCCGGAGCAGCGUCUCUGCCCUGAGCCAGGCCCUCGGAGGCAGUGCCUGAUGCAGCGCCUAGAGGCCACGGAGCCGGGGCAGAGGAGGGGACAGAACCCUCUCCGGACUCCCACCUCCCACCAUGCUCAGCUGGAGCCCACACUUCACCCUUGCUGCCUGACUGCUCUGAGCCCCCUGGCCCGACCCCUCCCCCCACGCCACACAUGGAACACACCCCACCCCUACCCCCCAGCCCUCCUGUGGCCCAGAAACCCGUGGGGGUAAGGUGGCAGGUGGCGGGCCACUCUGAAGGGGCCUGCCCACCUUGGGUGAGGCCCUUCCCAACAGCUCCACACCGGCUCCCUCCGUUCUGUCUGGCCAUAAACCGAGCUGCUAUUAAAGGCCACACACGCCUCGCCAGCUGGGCUCUGUGCCACACUGACCUCCACUCUGCCAUGGACGCAGAGCCACGAUGCGUCGACGGGCAGCCGGGGGAUGGCAGCCCAGGUGGUGCCCGGGGGUCCUGCGUCCAGGAGCCUGCCCCAGGCAGACCCCGCAUGGCUGGCCGGGCUCUGUGCCUUGCACCCUUGCUGUGAGCUGCAGAAAAGGGACCUGGCCCUGCCCAGGGGUGCUGUGGGGUUCGGUCAGACCCCUGGAGGCUGCACCUUAGCCCAGCCGGGACAAGGCAGUGGGGCCUGACCCCUAGGGUGCAGCUGUCAAGGCAUGGAGCCAGGAGCUCCCAACUGCUGCCUGGCGAGGGGUUGGCCAUGAGGCCCACCCUGAGGGCAGAACGUGGCUCCUUCCUCCAGCCAGUGCCUGGUAUUUCCCUCCCACCCUGCACCACACUGCUUGGUUUCUAGACUGGGGUGGGAGACCCCCACUCUGGACAGCGAAAGGGGUGUCUGUGUCGGCUGUGACAGCGCCGUCCACCCCAACCAUGGCACAGAGCUAUGUGCAAUGACAAACUGGCC